GCGCCGCGGCCGCCGGAAGGGGCGGGGCGUGGCGGGCGGAAGCGGCGGCGAUGCUGGCGGCGGGGCGCAGCGUGGCCUGCGCCGUCUCCGGCGGGGUGGACAGCGCCGUGGCCGCCCUGCUGCUGCGCCGCCGGGGCUACCAGGUGACAGGCGUCUUUAUGAAGAACUGGGACCCUCUGGACGAACAAGGAGCUUGCUCCGUUGACAGAGAUUGCGAAGAUGCUUACCGAGUGUGCCAGAAGCUCGAUAUUCCUUUUCACCAGGUUUCCUACGUGAAAGAGUACUGGAAUGAAGUAUUCAGUGACCUCUUAAAAGAGUAUGAAUUGGGAAGGACUCCUAAUCCUGAUAUUGUGUGUAACAAGCACAUCAAAUUCAACUACUUUCUUCAUUAUGCUAUGGAUAACCUUGGAGCAGAUGCAAUUGCUACUGGGCAUUAUGCUAGGACAUCACUAGAGGAUGAGGAAGUGUUUCAACAGAAGCAUAUUAAAAGUCCACAAAGGCUUUUCAGAAACCGUUUUGAAGUUAGAAAUACGGUGAAACUCCUUCAAGGGGCUGACCUCUUUAAGGACCAGACCUUCUUUCUAAGUCAGAUCUCGCAGGAUGCUUUGAGGAAAACCAUUUUCCCUUUAGGGGGUUUAACAAAAAGUUUUGUAAAGAAGAUAGCAGCGGAACAUGGCCUUCAUCAUGUGCUAAAGAAAAAAGAGAGUAUGGGAGUCUGUUUCAUUGGUGAACGAAACUUUGAAAAUUUCCUUCUUGAGUAUUUAGAACCUCAACCAGGUAACUUUGUUUCCAUUGAAGAUAAGAAGGUGAUGGGAACACACAAAGGUUGGUUCCUCUACACAAUAGGCCAGAGGGCUAGAUUAGCAGGCCUGAAGGAUCCUUGGUUCGUUGUAGACAAAGAUGUCAGCACUGGAGAUGUCUUUGUGGCACCGUCAACAGAUCACCCUGCUCUGUACAGAGAUCUAUUGCGGACAAACAGAGUGCACUGGAUAGCAGAGGAACCUCCUGCAGAGCUCGUUAGAGAUAAAAUGAUGGAAUGUCAUUUCAGGUUUCGGCACCAAAUGGCACUGGUGCCUUGUGUGCUGACUCUAAACCAAGAUGGGAGUGUGUGGGUGACACUAGUGAAGCCAGCAAGAGCUAUCACACCUGGACAGGUCUUGAACAGUGUGCAGUUGCUCACCAUGCCAUUUGCAGCUGCUGAGAAGACUUCCUGUGCUUAUCUUCUAGUUUGCCGUGUUCUACAAGGGUGAUGAGUGCCUGGGCAGCGGGAAGAUCCUAAGGAUAGGCCCAUCGGUGUACACCAUGCAGCAGGGCAAAAGCCGAGAGGAGGGUCCGAAGAAGGAAGAGGUUGACAAGAUAGAACCAGCAACAUAACAUGUGGGUUUGUUUAUUGAAAGACUUCAGAGAGUUUGCUGCCUAAGAAUAAUGAAAACAAUAAACUUUUGUUGUUGUUGUUGUUGUUGAUCUGUAUGUUCUAAAGGUCAGUUGAGCAUUGAGUCGCAGCUGUUGACUGUUAAAGCUGGACAGGUUUAAAACUAAAGCCAGUUUGGUACCAUUUUAUUGGACUGGGUGGUGAUAUUUAUGUUAAUACAUAUGAAGGGAUGUCUUAAAGUUGUUCUGUAAUAGUAGUUACACAUACAAGAAUUUUAAUAUAAAAGUCCUGUCUGAAAUCUUUUAUGUGUAACUGAAAUACUUUUUCUUACUUGAAGACACCUGUCCCUAGGUAAAGUACAUAUGUUGCUUUACAGUAAAUGUAUGUUUGCGCUUUGAACUCUGGAAGAGGAAUGAAUGAUAUUUAAGUUUAGCGUCUUGAAUGAACUCCAAACAACAGAUAUUUAUUUUUCAUCUGAAAUAGUUUUAUAAGAAAUGCUUUAGACUCUUAAGCUGUAUUAAAGAGUGGGUUUAGAUGUUUACGUAAUUCAGAAUUACAAAUCUAGGGGCUUAAAAACAGUCUUGAUUGUGAAACUGACCUAAUUUUUUCUUAAGUGCUGAGGCCAGAGGCUGUUUGGUUUGUCUCCUGGAGAAGAGAGUGCAUUGUUGGGCUUCAGAAAAAUGCAAAUUCAUAUGCAUUUCCUUACUGUGUAGCUAACUUAAUAUAGACUUGAGAAUAAUUGGAUCUUGCCAGGUGUCAAAAUGGAAUGUUAUUAGGAAGAGCUGAAUAACCUUGUCCAAAUUAUCUAUGUUUAUAAGGAUUGGAUGCAUAUUGAGGACACCCUAAGGUUGUAAUAAAACUUUAUGACAGCAAGUCAGCAAAAAUUAAUUCCUGUCUGUCUCCAUGGUAGGAGAAGGUAACUGUCCCUGAAGUACAGCUGUACAAGAGCAGGACUUGCAGAUGGAUGUAGAAUUUUGAGACUUGCAUUCAAUUUAGGCAGUAGGAAAGCUGUACCAUGAACAGGUAGGUCUUUUUAGCAGAUCUGAAGGCUUGGAUUUUAUGUACAUCCUUCUCUGUUGUUUUAGUAUCUUCUAAGAACUCCUUUUAUAUAUAAUCAGGAUUCCUGGAAGUGUUUAAAAAACCGCGUAGAUGUGGUGCUCAGGGACUUGGUUUAGUGGUGGACUUGACAGUCCUGGGUUAACAUUUGGACUUGGUGAUCUCAAAGGCCUUUUCCAACCUAAAUGAUUCUAUGAUUCUGUUUCUUCUGGUAAGAAAAGUAAAAGUUGGUCUUUUUUCUUCAAAGUGUGGAAGUAAAAGGGGGAGAAGACACUCUUCAGUGUCUACCUGUUAGUCUGGCAAAGCUAAACACACAGUUCAGGGAGCCCUGUGGAAAAAACCCUAGACUAUUAAAAUCUUAUAUAUUUAUUUGGCAUUACAGUAAAUGAGCUUGAGAGGGGAAAAAAAGCCAUCCUUUUUCACUGGUGCCAAAAUCAAUUCAGUGUAAAAGUCUGUCUUCAGAGUGUCUAUCCACAUGCAGGUUAACUGUAAAGACUGUUUGUGCUUCACAUAGGCUCCUGAUUUGUGUUAGGUUAGUUUGUGUUGCAGGUCCUGGUCAUUACUUUUAUGUGGUUUUCCUAAUAUUUUGCUUAUCUUUCCUGAAACUUUUGUCUUUGCAAAAUGUAGGAUUAAUUACCAAGGAGUUAAUGCUCCAUGUUGUCCUCAUCUGAGUUUUCCAGUAAAUGUCCCAAUUAAAAUCUUCACAAAUGUUUUCUGUUA